AUGGUCGCUUCUUGUCUUCGGUGCCUCGCAUCUUCAAUAGUAUUCUUCCUUGCUCUAGCCUUGACUAUCGAAGCUCGUCCAUCCAAACGCAGUGUCUUGCCAAACAUACCACGGAAUUGGCCAAGUGGUGGAAAUGGUCUCUCGGGCUACAAUGUACCUCUCUCGGAUGGCACCCAGUCUCUCCCGGCCCCAAACAGUACCCUCAAAUUCAUAACCAUCGGCCGCGGCACCCAGAACUACACUUGUACCUCGACCUCCCCUAGCCCUGUCCUCGUUGGCGCCAAAGCCGUCCUCCUUGACGCUUCUCCGCUCCUUCCUUUGCUCCCGCCAGGCGAAGGAACCGCGGUCCUAGACCUCCUACCCAGAUACGUCAUCGACUUUGAUUUCGCCGCGAUUGAAGCAUCACAAAUCCCAAAGCUCGGCAUACACUACUUCGAUUCCAACGGGGUCCCAACCUUCGAUCUUGGUAACAAUGGGCUGUUGAAGGGAAAGGGCCUUGCAGAUAUUCCCGCACCGGCGAAUGCGAGUGUCGGCUCCUUCGAUCAGGGAUAUGGAGCUGUGGAUUGGAAGACGCUGACCGAUGCUGGGGGUAGUGUGGGGUUGAAAGAGGUCUAUCGCGUUGAGACUGCUGGAGGAAAGGCACCUCCAAGCUGUGCUGGCGCGACCAAGCCGAUUUGCAUCGAUUAUUCGGCUCUUUAUUGGUUUUAUGAUUGA